AUGUGGCUAUCGCCGGCUAAGCUUUCACUGUCAUACACUUUCCUCAAACAAGUGAGGCUGAGGCGAUGCUACUGCUACGCUGCUCCUGCGCUUUCCCGGCGGAUUCCAACCUGGUCAGAGGAGCCAACAAGAGUUGAUACCCAUCAACAAAAGGAUGAUCGGAGCAGUUCGGGGCAGCUGGAUUGUGGUCGAGUUCUCCAUCAUUUGCAUGAUUUGAGGAAGGAGCCUUUCCUUGCACUUUCUUUCUUCCACCAACUGAAACGAGGCGGUUUUGUUCAUGAUGUCUACACUUCUGCUGCUAUGAUUAGGAUAUUGUGUUUCUGGAACUUGGACAGGAAAUUGAAUUCUAUGCUUUCUGAACUCAUCAACAAGGAGACGGUGCGGGAAUUCUCUGUUUCGGAUUUGCUGGAAGCUUUAUUUGAUGGUUGUGAUGUUGAUUGUACGAAGAUCAUUUCGAAAGUUUCGGAUGCAUUGGUAAAAAUUCAUGCAGUAGAUGAAAUGUUUGAUGAGGCGAUCGAUGUUCUUGUCAGAGUUCAGCUGUUAGGGGUUAAGCCGAGCAUUUUAACGUGUAAUUUUCUCAUGAACCGCUUGAUUGAGUCUAGGGAGAUUGAUGCUGCUGUGGCUAUUUAUAUGCAGUUGGAUUGUUUUGGAUUACAACCUAAUGAGUAUACUUGCUCCAUUGUUGUUAAAGCAUUCUGUAGGAAAGGUUGCUUGGACCAGGCAUUGUCUAUUUUCCAGACAAUGGAAGAUCUUGGGAUGACUCCGAAUGCGUUUGCCUACUCAACUUAUAUUGAAGGGUUGUGUGCUCAUAACGGCCCGGAUUCAGGUUAUAAAGCACUUCAACUUCUAAUAGGAGCUAAGCUUCCAGUAGAUGAGUUUGCUUAUACAGUUGUGAUUCGAGGGUUUUGUAAUCAGAUGAAACUUAAAGAGGCUUCGGAUGUACUAGGUGAGAUGAAAAGGCAGGGCUUUGUUCCCGAUGUGUAUACUUAUGGUGCUUUGAUUUGUGGGUUAUGCAGGGAUGGGAAUUUACUUGAUGCUGUAGCUCUUCAUGACGACAUGUUGUCAGAAGGUGUGAAAACAAAUUGCGUGAUAGUCAGCUCGAUUCUUCAGGGCUGGUCUCAAGUAGGCAAGGGUUCUAACCUUCUAAAUUUAUUCGAGACAUGUAAGACGAUGGGUAUCUACCUUGAUAAGGUUUGCUACAAUAUAGUGAUGAAUGUCUGCUGCAAGUUAGGGAACAUGAAUGCGGUAGUUGAAUUGCUUGCCGAGAUGAAAAAUAAGCGCAUUGUUCCUGAUGUUGUUAACUAUACAACUGUAGUUGGUGGUUAUUUUGAUGAAGGAAAACCUUACGAGGCCCUAAACGUAUUCCAAGAAAUGAAAGAAAAUGGAAUUAUCCCUGAUAUUGUCACUUAUAAUGUACUCGCUUCUGGUUUCUCCAGAUUAGGUCUGACACAAGAAGUCAGCAAUUUGUUACUGUACAUGAAGGACCAUGGUAUUGAACCUAACAAUGACACAUACAGUGUCAUCAUUGAAGGACUAUGCACUGGAGGCAACAUGGAGGAUGCUGAAGCUUUUUUUUCUAACUUGAAAGACCAGAACUUGGACAUCUUUAAUGCCAUGGUUAAUGGUUACUGCUUGGCACGAAGCAUAGAAAAGGCCUUUGACUUAUUUAUUUCUCUGACUGCAAAAGGAUAUACACUGAAGAAACGUUCUUGCUUGAAACUGCUUUCCAGUAUGGAAUAUGAUAUUGAGAAAUCUAUUCAGCUAGUUGAGACAGUGUUAGCUCUAGGUGCUGAAUAUUCUAAUAUUAUAUGCAGCAAAGCUAUAGGCAUGCUUUCUCGUGCUGGAGAAAUGGAAAAGGCCCAAUAUGUGUUUGACCUUCUUGUCGGCAGAGGGCUAAGUGUGGAUAUGAUGACAUACACUAUGAUGAUAAAUGGUUAUUGCAGGGUCAAUUGUGAGAGAGAGGCCUGUAAUCUUCUGUAUGAUAUGAAGAGUAAAGGGCUUGAACCAGAUGUUAUCACUUACACAGUUUUGCUUGAUGGGGCCUUGAAAAUAAGGUCCAGGAGGAGGGCUAUAGGGAUCAGCAGCAAUAAUGCAGAACAUUCUCUACUUUUGAAUGAACUAAAGGGAAUGGAUAUAAAGCCUGAUGUUGUUACUUAUACUGUUUUGAUAGACGAGCGCUGCAAAGCAAAUAAGUUCAAGGAUGCUGUAAAACUUUUCCAGGAGAUGAUUGAUAGAGGGAUGCAGCCUGACACUGUGACAUACACGGCUCUUUUAUGUGGAUACUUUUAUGUUGGAGAUGUAGCUGGUGCUGCAGUUCUUCGUGACAAAAUGUUAGAUAGUCAAUUACGGCCUGAUAACAUUUUCAAGUCUGCGUGGAAUCAUGGUAUCUUAAAAGACUUGAAAUGUCGGUCCCAUGAAUAG